AUGGCACCAUCAUUGACUGAUCCGUAUGCUUUAUUGACAGUUCCUAGAGUUUCUGACUUGGAACUAUCACAAAAGGUAGUCAUCCUGCCCAUAUCUUCUCCUAAUACGAGCCAUUUAGAGAUUGGAAUUUCAAGGUCAUCUAUUUCAUCAUAUAUAUUGAAGCCAAGUCCAAAACUAGUGUGGUCAUUUUCACUACCUCCAACAUGCUUAAUACUAUGCUUGAAUACUCUUGAGCUCGACGAUGGCUCCAAAAUCUAUGCCGCUGGAAUCGCAGACCGUGGACGGAAGAGCGUUUUGAUUGUCCAUAAGUCAGACGAAAAGACCACUGAGCAUAGAAUCCAGGUUAAAUAUAACGUCAUUGGUGUUAAGUUUCAUGGGUCCGAUUUAAUUGUGCUAUACGAAAAUGGCUCUAUUGACUUGUUUGACUACGAGAAUGGAAGCUUUUUAAAAAAUGCAUUUAUCAACAGGGAAGACACAUUGUACUAUAAAUUCAUUUCAAAACGAGAAUUCAAAAGCGAAGAAGAUUUAUUGUUGAUAAUUACAAAGAGCAAAAUACAUAUCACAUUUAAAUUAAUUUCACUUGAUGCUAAAGAAUACAUAGAAAUCGAUUCGGGUCACUUAGACCGUAAAGGAACUCCAUUAAAAGCAUAUAAACCAGGAAUGUUUGCUUACAACUCCAGAUAUGUGUAUGUGCUUGAUAGUGAAAAAAAGAUUUUGUCUGCUGUGGCUUUUAAUGGAUUUCAAGUACAGAAGUCUAUAAGUAUUGAAAAUUAUUUGGACUCGCAGAAUACCUAUAUAUUUGCUCCGAGCGCUGAUAGAGUACUAUUAUCAGCAGGUUCCUCUAUUCAUUUGAUAAAUUUCAAAUUCGAAUGCUGUUUGGGCUCUUUCUAUGGUCAAGGAGAUGCUUGUUUGAAAGACGCAGUUUCAGUAAAUGGUAAUUCCAUGAAUUCGAGCAGAACGAUUGCAAUUUACUUGGAACAACCUGACUUGGAUGUUUCGUUGAAUAUUAUCAAUGUUGAUGUUGGAUUAAAUAAAUUGAGCGAAUGUUUGGGUAAAAGCAUUGAGAAGGAUUCAACUCAUGUGAAAGGGCUUCCUAACUUAUUAGACGAUAAUUUCGAAGACGAAGCGAUAAAUUUGACGAAAGAAGUUAACGAAAUCCUAGGUAAUUUAGAAAAUAUUAGAAAAGUCAAGAAUUUGAGUAAAUGGGAAAGAAUUGUCACACCAUACUUAAAAGGUGAAUCUUGGUCCAAAAUCAAUACUUCGUUAAAUAAAAAUAAAUCAAAGAAGACUGUGGAAUAUAAGUUUCAAGUUUUUGACCUUGAAAACGAUAGAGUUGUUGAUCCUGCAUUUAUUUCAGAGAUUCUUCUGUUGAUAUUUACUUCCAACGAGGGUAAGGUCAAACCCAAAGAUGAAGACUUUUUACCAGAGCAUUCUUUAAUAUAUUUGUUGACAUGUCCUCUAUUUCCAACAAUGUGGGUAAAUGGCUUAUUGGAAGUGUUCCAUAGCUUAGAUUGUCAAACAUUACUCAGACAAGCGAUUCUCACCUGUCCUGGAAUUCCCUUGGAGGAUUUAUUAUGCCAAUUUGUCAUGGCUCCUACGGACGACAAAAUUUUUGAAGACCUUUUGGGUAGAUUAGUAAAUGACUUUUCAGUUAAAGAGAUCACAUUGGCGUUUAAAGAUUUGAUGCACAAGCGUGGAGAAGUUAACUUGGAAGCCAUAUUAAAUAGUUUAGUGCUGGCUAAUACUAGCAAUAGCUGGUGCAUAAUUGAAUCGGUGAUUGACGCAGGAGGUUUAUUUAAUUGGUCGAUUGAUACUGUUAAUAAAUUAGAGGGUUUAAUUGACUUGAAACUAAAUACUUUGGCAACUAAUAAUUUCAAUUUGACCCUCGCAAAUCAAGCCUUGCUCAUUAAUGAGCCCAUGAAAAAGAAACUGUCAAAAUCUAAAAAGAAGAAGUCCGCUGACAUUGUGUCAGCUAAUGAGCAUCAGUUGCAGCAACUUGAUUCAAUAUUAUUCUUAAAUAACACCUCGUCGAAGAAGUUGAUUGACCACCAGAGCACAAAUGCGAGUGUUUACAAGCAUACACCUACGUAUUCUCUCGAAAAGUUAGUGUUAUAG